AUGCAAUAUCGUUUCAGAAAUAAACUGAGCGUUUUCGAAACGGCGCUAUCAAUUCCAAGAUUCGCACGAUUUUGUGUUCUGCAGUCAGAUGACGUAUUCGUCAUGCCUACGUCAUAUGUUGAAGUCGUCAUGAAAAUCCGAAAUCAGCGGAUUCUUGACUGGGUGAUGGACACGUUUCUUAUUGACAUCGACUUCCCAGUGGAUCCUGAAGAAGAUAAAAUGGAAAUUCGUUUUCUUGGCCUGGCAUCGAAGCGAGAUCAAUCGCUAUGUAUCUUACAUUAUCAAACUGAUGGAAAGACGGUGAUCUAUCACGACUGUAUGGAGACUGCUGGCAAUAUCAUACAAUCGCUUUGCGAUUAUUUUGUUAUUGAGUCUUUGGAAGCACAUGCCGAGUUUCCCGACAAAUUCGCUGAGGUCGAGGAAAUCUGUAAUGAGCUAGAUUCAAUGUAUGACGUACGGGAUCGUCUAACAACAGACCUCACAGAAAAACAGAGCAUGCUGAUGGAGGUGGUCGUCAGAGCAGAAGAUGCGAUUGUCAUCGAUGACCUAGACCUCGUCCGCAAGUACUACACACGACUCCGCAAUAUGGAUCGCAGCGUUCGACAAGCAUUUCUUCUUCGGGCGAACAAUCACGAGAGAUUCGUUGAAUCUCUGCGAAGACUACAUAAGAUCAUUGAACAAGCCGCCAAGUUACGAUGUGAGUGA